UUGGUGGCAGUAAAUGCACCAGCCAGCUGGUUUGCCAACCGCCAUAAAACAGUCAAAGAAGAAGAAGAAGAAGAAGAAUCAGUUGCGGAAGAACCACAAUUAGCUGAGCCAAAGAUCGUAGAGAGGGGAACUGUUGAGAAAGAAGCAAAAAAUGACAGUAAUGUCCUGAAAGACCCGACUUUCUUUAACUCGGACAGCAAUGUCUCCUGUAAUUUGAUAUUGAAUGAGGGAGAUGAGCGACCUGUAAUAGAGAUGAGAUAUCGUUUCAUUUUUAAUGUAGUUGGAGUGCCAGUGUUUGUGAAGGACGGAGAUUCAGUCACUCUAAACGCUAAUGAUGCAUCAGACCAACAAGAGAUGAGAUAUUUUCUAGAUAUUACAUGGAGUUUUAAUUGCAGUGACAUAGCUGUAAUUGAUUACGACUAUUUUCACAAUGAAAAUCCCAGUAGUAUCUGUACAGAUGUUCAGUGUAAAGAUCGUGAUGAGAGAUUCAGAGACAGACUGAAGCUGGAUCAUCAGACCGGAUCUCUGACAAUCAGAGACUUCAGAACCACAGACUCUGGACUUUAUUAUCUAGAUGGCUUCGGGUUUCACAACCUUGAGAAGAUCUUCAUUGUUGCUGUUCAUGGUGUUUUUGGUGUUGGUUCAGAAGGACUGUCAGUGUUUGUGAUGGAGGGAGAUUCAGUGACUCUAAACAAUGAUGUUGAAACAAAACAAAAUAAAGAGAUUAGAUGGUAUUUUAAUGAAAAUAUCAUUGCUGAAAUCAAUAGAGAUCUCAGUAAGAUCUGUACAGAUGUUCAGUGUAAGGAGAGAUUCAGAGACAGACUGAAGCUGGAUCAUCAGACUGGAUCUCUGACCAUCACAAACACCAGAACCACAGACACUGGACUCUAUUCACUAAAGAUCAUCCACAGCAGCAGACACAGCUCACUUCAGGAAUUUGGUGUUGCUGUUCAUGAAGUCCCUGCUGCUGAACGAGAUCAAAUGAAGCCAAAGUCAGUGAAGGAGGGAGAAUCUUUUUUUUUAAAUCCUGAUCUUGUGUUAAAAAACCCAAAUGAUCUGAUGACGUGGUAUUUUAAUGACAUUCCUAUAGCUAAAAUCACUGAGGAUCAUAGUAGGAUUUUCACAGAUGUUCAGUGUAAAGAUGGUGAUGAGAGAUUCGGAGACAGACUGAAGCUGGAUCACCAGACUGGAUCUCUGACCAUCACAAACACCAGAACCACAGACUCUGGAGUUUAUAAACUAAAGAUCAGCAGCAGCAGAUUCAGCAUCAUUAGGAGCUUCAGUGUCACUGUCAUUG